UCUAGGUCUUUUCCACUUCACUGUAAUGGCCCAAGGUUUGAAGGGCGCUCCUGGUACGUUCCAAAGAGUAGCCAACAGCUUAAAAAGAGAAUUGAAAGCUUGUUGUUUUGCUUAUUUGGACGAUAUCAUCAUUGCCAGUCAUACCAUUGACGAUCAUUUCCGUGAUUUGGAAGAGGUUUUUCAGCGAAUUACUAGUUUUGGAAUGAAACUAACGUCAGAAAAAUGCUCGUUCAUUCAGCAAGAAGUCCCUUACUUAGGUGUGCUCAUAAGCAAAAACGGGACUAGACUUAAUCCGGAAAAGGUUGCCAGCAUUACGAAAAUUCCAAGACCUCAAGAUGCUAAGGCGCUCAAAUCAUUUUUGGGUGCAGCUUCAUAUUUCCGUAGAUUUAUUCCUCGUUUUUCUUACGUUGCGGCACCUCUAAACGCUCUUCUCACCAAAAAUACUUCUUUUGAAUGGACAGAUGUUCAUGAGAAUGCAUUCGUUUCUCUGAAAACAGCACUUACUACAGCUCCAACUCUCGCAUCUCCAAUCAUAGGUAAGCCCUACAUCAUACAUACAGAUGCGUCAACCGUAGGAUUAGGUGCUUGUUUACUACAGCAAAAUCCGCAAACUUUGAACGAACAUCCAAUUGCCUAUUGUAGUCGCCCGCUUAACAAGCACGAAAAGAACUAUUCCAUCAUCGAACUUGAAGCACUUGCAAUAGUAUUCGCUCUCAAGCAUUUUUACCCGUAUGUGGCAGACGCUUCUAUAAGGCUUGUUACAGAUCAUGCUCCUUUGAAAUCACCACUGUAUCGGUCAGAUCUUGUAGGACGUUUGGCGAAAUAUCAAAUCAUGAUACAAGCUUACGAUUUGACAAUAGAGUAUCGUCCGGGCAACCAUAACAGCUUUUGUGACUUUUUGAGCCGCUAUCCUGUAAUGUCCAUUGAUAUAGCUUCUAACUCAAUUCCUAGCUUGGACACCAUCAAAGAAGCCCAGCAAAAUUCUUCUUUUGGAAGCUUGAUCACCUUCUUAACAGGGAAUGCUGAGGAUCCACCACAGCAGUUUUUGAGUACGCUAGACAAAUUUUCAAUUUUCAAUGGUAUGUUAUACUAUACGAUGCAUAAAAGACCAAAGCUUGUGGUGCCGGGACAAGAACUCCAGACCCAGAUCGUAAAGCUUUGUCACGAAAACCCACUACUGGGAUCUCAUUUUGGUAUUCGCAAAACGUACAAAUCCAUUUCUGACAAAUACUACUGGCCAAACAUGUACCAAGAUAUUGCAAAUUAUGUAAGAUCUUGCGCCGCUUGUCAAAAGGUUAAAACACCAGCAGGAAACAUUAUCCGAGAGGAACUGGGAAAUUUCCCUAUUCCUCAACGACCUUUUGAGCGUAUACACACAGAUAUUAUCGGUCCACUGCCACAGUGUAUCGAUGGUAGUAGGUUCAUUUCAAUAACUGUGUGCGCGUUCAGCAAAUAUAUCAUUUGCACGCCUCUGGUGAAUCAAACAGCUGAUCUGGUAAUCAAAGCGCUCAUUAACGAUGUCAUUUCCAAACAUGGAAUCCCCAAUGAAAUCGUUAGUGAUAGAGGCUCAAACUAUGCUAGCGAGCUUUUUGUUCAGAUAAACAGAACUCUAGGGAUAUCAAACAACUGUACGACUAGCUAUAAUCACAAGGCCAACGGCCAAGUAGAAAGAAUGGUGAAAGUGCUCAUCGAUUCCCUCACCAUAUACUGCGCAGAAGCGAGAGAUCUGUGGUCGGAUUACCUCCAACCCAUAGUCUUCGCAUACAACUGCAGCAAGAACGACACUACGGGAUACAGUCCAUUCUUUGUUAUACAUGAUAACUUCGCAGGCCAAUUUGCUACAGCUUUGCGAACAACGAUAGUGGAAGUAGGAUCUAGUAUAGCAGCCAAGACUACAAAGCUGGAUACGACUAUCAAAAGAAGGUAUAUUGUAAAGACCUUUCCAUUGGUGAUUUCGUUUUACUCCAUGACGACACAGUGCGUCCAAAAUUAACCAACCAAUGGAAAGGUCCAUUUGUGAUUGUCUCCAUGUGUCGCCCAAAUGUUACCAUAAAGAGUCUGUUCAACAAUACCCUUCAAACGGUUCACGUGAACAGGCUCAAAUUGUAUUUUAGCCGGCCGCAAGAGCGUGAAGUCUCUGUGCAACCACAAUCUAGUCACACAGAGGCAGAGACUCCACGUUCCAGUGUGCCUAAUCUCAGAUGUUCAGAGCGUCUGAGACAAAGGACCGAUUGGUCUCCCUCA